AAAAUGUCCCAGAUACAGGAAUUGCUGAGCCAGCAAGUGAAAAUCCUGCUGAGGAACAGAGAAUGUGAUGAGAGGAGGCUUUAUGUUCGGAUCAGCAUUGAGAUGCAUACUGCUACAAGCCCUGUACAUAAAAAGGACAUGGUGGUUCGGUUAACUGAUGACAUAGACCCAUUUUUCCUUUAUAAUCUUGUUGUAUCAGAGGAGGAUUUCCAAAGCUUGAAGAUUCAGCAAGGGCUUCUAAUUGAUUUCACUGCAUUCCCCCAGAAAUUUAUUGAUUUGAUUUGUUUGUGUAUCCAGGAAGAAAACAAAGAGACACCAAGAUUUCUGCUACAACUGUCUCCAUCUAACUCUGUCCUUGGUGGCUCUCCUGCACAACUUGAUGUCAUAGAGACCAAUGCAUUUAAGCUUUUAACCCAUUUGUCACUUCGACUUCUCCCUGCAAAUGACUUGGAAAUUAAGGCUUACCUGGCUACAUGCUUAAGGAGCAUUAAGGAUGAAAAAAAUAUUUUACAGCAGACUUUGACUAAAACAGUGGAGGAUCUUAACCAAAAACUGCUCAGCACUCAGAAGACCUUGUCUGAGAAGAGUCUGGAGUUGGACAGAGUGAAAAGUGAACGCUCACUUCAGGUUACUGCCUUGACUAAUCAACACACUGCAGAGAUGGCAAGUGAGAAAGAGCAGACCCAGAAGGCUCACGCUCACUUACUGCAACAGUAUGAACACCAGAGAAAGGAACUGGAGAGCUCCUACCAGCGAACCAUUCAACAAACACAGAGCCGGCUUACCGAGCUGGAAAGCUCUAACAAAGAGACACUAGAGAAGAGGUACAAGGCAGAGUCUACAGUCCGCGAGCUCCGCGCUAAAUACCAAGGACUAGAAGAGGAAACUCAGAGAGCCCAGCAGCAGAUUGUAUCCCUGAAAAGGGAGAACACAACACUGGAUGCUGAGUGCCAUGAGAAGGAUAAGGAGUUGAAUCGUCUGCAGACAAGACUGGCUGUUAUAGAACAGGAACUGAAGGACAAGGAGCAGCUAGUUUUGCGAAGCAAUGAGGUGCUUGCAGCAACCCAAGAGCAAAAGGUUGUUUUAGAAGCCACCGCUGAGAAAAGGCAAUUGCAGUUUGGGAAGCUGGAAGUUACAAUAAAAUCCUUGUCUGCAGAGCUUCUGAAGGCCAAUAAUAUCAUUAAGAAGCUGCAGGGUGACAUGAAGAACCUGAUGAGUAAGUUAAAACUGAAGAAUGCUGUGACUGUGCAGCAGGAGAAAAUUCUGGCAGAGAAGGAGAAGCAGAUCCAGGAGGAACAGAGGCAGCUGCAGGAAGUCAAGCAGAAUUUGCGGCUAAGACAAGAAGAGUUUGACAAACUACAGGAACAGCUUCAGCAAACUGAGCAGAAUCUUAUGGACAGCAAAGAGAAGCUCCGAAUUAAUGAAAAUGUGAUAUCCUGGCUGAACAGGCAGCUUAAUGAGUACCAGUCAGAAGGCACUAAUCCCAGCAGUUUACCUCUGAAGACAUCUGUGUUACCCAGCCAAGCAGACAAUAGGGCACCUAUUCUUGCUGCUCGGAUGACCUACCCCCUUCCUACCUCGUACCAGUCCAAAUCCUUUAUCCCCGUUGCUGCUACAUCUAACCAGCCUUCACUUGAUGCUCAUCCACCACGCCAGGGUCAGUACAACAUUUCCUACCCCAAAUCAAAUCUGCAGUGUUCAGCAACCCAGCGAUCUUCCAUCACAAAUAAAGAAAAUGGAAAUGUCAUAGGUUUGGACCUAAAGUACUUAAAGAAGAGGGAAGGUGGAGCACCUCUGCAGGGACUCAACCAGAAUGUUGCCCCAUUCACAGAGCAUGUCAAGCCCUCUCUCCUUUCAGUAACACAGAGCAAGACAGCACCUCCCCAGUCUGCAUACUUCCCAGCCCAUGCUCCUUUUUCCUGACCACUGCAGGCAAUAUAAGCACUGUUAUUUCUGCCUGCUGAACUCCCAGCUUGGUGUGGAUUUGCACUGCAAUAGGUUUUGUUGUGUCUGAACUGAACAGUAACCAAUUCAUCAGCGAUGCCGACAAGCUGAACACAGUCUGGGCCCUGCAAUACUAAAUGGGAAAUGUGAUUAUUGCCAGUCUACUGGCCAAUGCUUGUCACUGUCUUAACUUCAAAUAUUUUAUAUAAAUAUGUAUUCAUUUGUGUAUUUUAAAAUCUUUGUUUUGUUGUUUGUGAAGGUACAAAUGCUUAACUUUCAUGCCCCUGGAACAUGUAUUUAGACCUAUUUUUCUAUACAUGGAUUUUUUAAAUGGCAGAUAAGAAAGUUUGCAAACAAAGAAAAAGGAAAUUUGUGGGAACAUUGGGUGGAAAUAACUAAUGAGUUGAUACCUGCUCAGAAUUGCUGAAAUGUGGAAUAUUAGGUAUCAUUAUAAUAACAAGGGAAGCUGAGGCGGGGUGGGGGGCUUGGUUUUCUGAUAAAUGCUCUUGUAACAAAGAUUUCAAGGUAAAGGUGCCCUUCAUUCUGAUUCUUUUCUCUUCUAAAUCUUUGAUGAAAACAUAAGUCCUCAUGUAAAUUGCAAGUCUGUCAGUCAUCCAGAUGAGGCUUUAUAUCCAACUAAAAGGGGUUGUUUAAAUUAACUUUAAGUAGGAUCUAGACACUGAAAUUUAAAGUACCCUAGUAACCAGGCAGUGAUUUGGACAAGAAUUGGGAAUAUGAAUAGAAGUGGGUCUGCACAGAAAGAUAAGUUGUAAAAAGCAACUAAAUUGUAGCCUCACAGAGCAAUAGUUUUUAGUUGCCAGGGUCAGUCACCCCCAUUUAAAAACUGGAAAGAGUCAGAAUUCCUGACUUGGGGGCAAGUUUUGGUUGAAUAAGAACAAGAUUUACUACCAAA